ACCCUUUCCAUAUGGCGAGUAUACACCUAUACCUGAGAGAGGCCAGUCAGUCGAUACCAGAAACCGCAGCAGCGGAGGAAUCUACAAAUUAAGUCCCGUGGAAAAGAGAGUUUUUUCCGAGUGUGACAACUAAAGACAAAGGACGCGAAUCGAUGGCAUCAGCGAUGCUGGCGACUCUGGAGCUGGACUACUUCAGGGCGGUGUCCCUCUACCGUCGACGCUCCUACGAGAGGUGUGCGGAGCUGUGCAACGCACUCCUGCAGGCCGGUCACGAUGGCCAUGUCCAACUGUUCACCACCAAGGAGGUGGAGGAGGAGGAGCAGCACCAGCAGCAGCAGGCGGAGCACAGCAGAUUCGGUAGCAAUUUGCAACGCAUUGGCCCUAGGCCAAGAGGAGCAGCUGGAGGUGGAGCCGGGGCAGUUGACUCUGGGCCGUCCAUCAUGAUGCCCACUUGGCUGAUGGAGGGCGUGUGGCAAUUAAAGAUGCGCGCCCUUACGCAGCGCGUAUACGUGGACGACCUGGACGAGGACGAUGGCGGGAAUGAGGCCACCGAGGAAGUGGAGUUUGAGCGUAUAGCCACUGCUGCUCGACCGGGAAGCAGUAUAAAGACCGCUUUCCAGCCACGCCCCCUUACCAAUCAGAGGGCGCAGCAGGCGCGGAGCAGGGGUUCCGGAGUGGCCCACUCCAGUGAUGGCCGCUUAAAUAGUUCCCGGCCAGGAUCGGCGGCAGUGGCUCGACCUGGCACAAGUCUCAGUCGACCGGGAUCCUCGCUGGGAUCUCGUUGCGGAACCGCCUCCAGGAUUCGAGCCACCUCGGCAGCGGCUUUUAAUGUAGGUGAUGCCACUUCGAAACUGUACCAGGCGUCCCGUCUGAAUCCCACCAUAUACGCCGAACGGGAAACGCUUGUGAAAGCCUUGUUUCAGUUCCUCUACUACCACGAAGCGGAUGUGCAAAAAGCCCACUCCCUUUGUCAAGCGGUUCUGGAAGUUGAGCGCCAGAAGCCCAGUGGUUCCACUGGAUGCACACUGUCCUGGUGGUGGCAACAGCAGAUGGGCCGAUGUCUUCUUGCCCUGCAUUAUCCACGAAGAGCGGAGCCAUUUCUGCAGCAAUCCCUGGCCAGCUUUCCCCAUCCGGACACUUAUCUACUCCUCUCCAGAGUAUACCAAAGAAUAAAGCAACCCGAGCGAGCUUUGCUCGUGAUCGGCGAAGUGGUGGACUCGCGACCCUUUGACGUCACCUACCGACUGGAGCAGGCGAGAAUCCACCAGGUCAUGGAACAACAGGAGGACGCACUGCAGCUCUACAGACUGGUGGCCAAACUGCAUCCAAUUAAUGUGGAAUCUCUCGCCAGCAUUGCUGUGGGCUACUUUUACGACAACAAUCCGGAAAUGGGGUUGAUGUACUACCGGAGGAUUUUGUCCUUGGGAGCCCAGUCUCCUGAGCUCUACUGCAAUAUAGCGCUGUGUUGUCUAUAUGGCGGGCAAAUCGACUUGGUUCUGCCUUGUUUCCAACGAGCUUUGGCCACGGCUACCCAACCCGGCCAAAAAGCAGACAUUUGGUAUAAUCUCAGUUUUGUGGCGGUGACUUCUGGUGACUUCAACUUAGCCAAAAGAUGUCUCCAACUAUGCCUCACAUCAGAUGCCCAGAAUGGAGCCGCACUUAAUAACCUGGCUGUGUUGGCUGCUCAGUCUGGAGACAUUUUGGGGGCCAAGUCCUACCUGAAUGCAGCCAAGGAUGUGAUGCCCGAUGCUGCGGAGGUAACCACCAAUCUGCAAUUCAUGGAUGUGCAUUACAAGCUAUAAAACCUAAUGUCACUUGCAGAGCUCGAAAAUAAAACAAUUGCAACCAUUCAGUUUGUAA